AUGUCUAGUGCAAGAAGUACCCGCAGUAGGAGUACUGCAAUGAAAAGAGAAUUGGAGAAAUCACAUAAUGAAAAUAGUCGAAAGGCUCCAAGGAAUGAUAAUGAAUCUCGGCAAACUAGAGGUCGUUCCAAGAAACAGAAUCAAGAGUCUACAAAAGGUGAUCAACCUACCUCUAAUGAAGAAAUAGAAACAGGGACCAAACCUGACAAAGAGGAAAUAAAGGAAAACGAAAAUGCCUUCGGUCUUCUGUCAGCAAAUGAUACUCCUUCACCAGGUGAGCAGAGUGACAAAAACUCAUCAGGAACUUCCGACCAGGAAGAUGAAUCGGAUGAGGAUGCUGACAUAUGGGAGCAAGUUGAUCUGAAACCGAACCAUGAUGAGAAAAAGAAUGAAGAGAAGGAUGUCCAUGUAAGUACUUCAAGCGUAACGCCUUCUCUCAAUAUAAAUAAGAAACGAUCUUCUGGUGUAGUUGAAAAAGCGAUCCGUUUUUCUAUACAUGUCAUGCACACAUGUUGCUUAUUUUACCAUGGAUUACGUCGCAACCAAUGGUGUUGUCAACAAGAGCUUAUGGAAUCUUUGCUUGACAAAGCUUCAGAUGAGCGUCCUUCAAUAAUAGAAGAUUGGAUUAAAAGUGAAAAAACACACGAUGAUUUAUUGAUGCUCGUUAAUGGAUUACGGACUUGGUGGCAGAAAAAAUUCAACAUAACCAAGCAUGGACUAAGAAAGUUGGGGUAUCGUGAUUUUAAACAAGGUUUUGAGCUUGAUUUUGAACCUGAAUUUAUUGAAAACGAAAAGGAUUUUAUGGAAAAAAUCCUUUCAUUUACUGGGAGCCGUGAUUUAUCUGCUCAAGGCUUCACCGCUUUAUGCCGAUCAUUGCAACUUAGCGUCCGUUUAAUUUUUUCGCUUCAGCCUUUAACUUACUCCACUGCUUCUUAUGAUAACUGGUCUCAACAUGUUCUCCCCGAUGAGACUGCAAGCUCAGUUGAUGGAGAUCUUCGUUAUCCUAUAUUCUGGACAGAAAUUUAUGACAAUGACCAAGAUCGCUGGAUAAGUGUUGAUGCCGUUGUCUUAAGCGGAGUGUAUACAAAUGACAUGUCCUGGUUUGAGCCCAAGGGAGCUUAUGCUGAGUCUAAGCACUUACGUAUGGGAAUUGUUGUUGCGUACGAAGACGAUUUUUAUGCCAAGGAUGUGACUCUGCGUUAUGCUGAUGUAGCGUCUAAUCGCUGCAAAAAAAUUCGUCAAUACUCUUCACCAGAGAAAAAAGACGAUGUAUACGCGAAAAUCCUUUCUCAGUUCUCAAAAAAGAUAAAAGAUAAAAAGGAUUUGAUGGAGGAUCGUGAGCUUGAACAAAAAGCACCAGUGCGCGAGCUUAAAAGUAUCGCUGAUUAUAAAAAUCAUCCAGACUUUAUAUUGAAACGACAUCUUAAACGUGAAGAAGCAAUACGGGAUAAUGUAAACCCAGUUGACAAAAUUGUUUUUGGUUCAAAGAAGAAUCCUAUCCAAGAAGAGGUGUAUCGUCGAGAGGACGUCCUGAUUUGUAAAACACCAGAAAAUUAUCACAAGGAAGGUCGUGUAAUUAAGCCAGGAGAACAGCCCCGAAAGAUGGUGAAAGCGAGAGCAGUAACCAUUACAAGAAAGCGAGAGCAUGAAUCCAAAUUUACAGAGUCCAGGGAGCCAGUCAUGCAAGGAUUGUAUUCUUCGGAUCAAACCGAUUUAUACAUCCCACCCCCAAUACAAGAUGGAAAGAUUCCGAAAAAUGGAUAUGGAAAUAUUGACUGUUUUGUUGAAAGCAUGAUUCCUCAAGGGGCGGUACAUCUUCCAUUUCGAGGAAUUGCUAAGAUUGCCAAGAAGGUGAACGUCGAUUACGCCGAAGCGGUUACAGGCUUUGAGUUUCGAAAGCAUCGUGCCAUUCCUGUAACGACAGGUAUUAUUGUUCCAGAAGAAUUUGCUUCUAAGGUGCUAGAGGAAUUUCGUGAGUAUCAAAAGGAAAUGUUAGAAAAACAACUUGCAAAAGAACGCAAAACUGCUAUUGGAUUGUGGAAGCAUAUGAUCAAUGGACUACGGAUUCGGAAACGAAUCACUGAAGAUUAUGGCUAG